GGCCCAGUCUACAGCGUCAGCGACGUAUCCGCAGCGCGCAUUGUCGCACUAAACCUGCGACCGACUCAUCCGCGUAUUCGCUACUACAUGACACUUUAGCAACGCGAAUUCACACGCCACGCUUCUACUACUGCUUCAUAUCCGCAUUAGAAGUAACAAUGCUCAUAGAUAGAGCAGUGCAGUUGGCGAUGGUGGUGGUGAUAAUGCUGUGGGGCGCACUGACAGAUGCUGCGCCGAGAAGGGGCGGAACCUUCAAGAUGUGUGGCCGCACGCUAAGCCAUUUCAUGAGUCACGUCUGCCGUGUUCACAACAGUCCUCCAUCUUCAUGGGACGUUCCUACAGUGGUAGAACAACCGGCAUCCGUACUCCGACGAAAGAGACAGUCAGAAGGCAUUGCGGACGAAUGUUGUAUGGUCGGGUGUACGCGGGAACAGCUAGCCGAGUACUGUUCAGUUAUUAACCCAGAAGUAUUGGACACAUUGGACACGCACCUAAUUGAAGACAGAUCCGCGGAGCAAGAAAACGUUGCACACGGUGCCCCGGCAGUACCUGCGAUAGUAGGAGAAGAGAAACAGCCACAUAAGCAACUACAACACAAGGGAUCUGCGUCAGAGGCAGUGAAGGCGCCAGCGGGGGCGCUGCGAGAGGUGGGCAGCGCGCGGAGUCGCGGGUACGGGAGCGCACGGCGAGGCCGGCGAUGCUGGUGCCGGCGCAAGCGGCGCACGAGCCGACGCCGAGCCCAUCUCAUGGAACAUCGUAAGAAGUGUAGCGCGCGCUGCGCCCGUGGUGGGCACCGUGUCGCCCCUGCUGACGUGGGGCCGCACUCUCUACACGGAUCUGCCCCAGGUCGAAAGAGACCGAUACGCGUACGUCGCCGUCUACACAACGUAACCUCACACGCCAUGUAAUAUAAUUUUAUAGGUUCAAAAAUGUCCACAUUUUCAUGACCAGUAUAAGUUGCUAAAGGUAAUAAAAACAUUUCCUAGCCAAUGUGCACCUCUCAAGAACACGCUUUUGAUAUUGUCCGAAAUUUUAAGAUAUUCAUUUUAAGACUCUCACCUUUUGCCUAAAUAAGAUGCAAGACGAAUAGCAAGUAUCUCAAGUGUUCAUAUUUAAAAUUCUAGUGUAUGUAAUGUAGAUGUUUACAGGACCUUAAUUUGUUACUUUAUUUAUUAUUAUAGCAGUCAAAAUUUUGUAAUGUACUGCAUAUCUAGGAUGGUCUCGCUUGAGAUCUGAAUUUAGUUUUAUUUACAUAAUUAUUUCAACUUUGGUAGAUGUUGAAUUUUUGUAUUUGUAUAAAAGACAAGCAUAAUGAACAAAAAAUGUAGGUUGGAAAUUAUUUCAGCAAUGCACUUUUUAAUAAUGUAAGUAUUAAUUAAUAGAAUGCUGUAUCUAUUAACACCACUGAUUAAUAUCAAUCUUGCUAUAGUAUUUUCUAAGAUACUUUUGUAAAUAACUGUUUUACCUAUGCUUAUUACGAAUAACUUGAUGAUUUACCAUUAUACUCAUCCACAAUAUCAUAAUAGACACAGCAUCAUACUAGCUACUUUAUAAAUAUCUUAGAUGUUUUUUAUAACUAAUAUCAUCUACCAUUUUAGAUAAAAGAUCUCUAAAGCAUCUGU